CACACACACACACACACACACAAACUGAAGAAGGAGGAAGAAUAAACCAUCUGCAUGCAUCUCUUUUCAUCUGACGUGUGUUUUAACCCUCGUGAUGGCGAGACUGAGCGAACACGGGAUCCGGCUGAGCUCUAUGAGCCCGUCGUACCUGGAGAGCAACUCCACCAGUCACACAUGGCCCUUCAGUGCGGUCGCGGAACUCAUCGAUAAUGCAUCUGACCCAGGCGUCACAGCCAAGAACAUCUGGAUUGAUGUUGUGACGGUCAGAGAACAAUUGUGCCUCAGUUUUAUGGACAACGGGAGUGGUAUGACGCCCAACAAACUGCACAAAAUGCUCAGCUUUGGAUUCACAGAGAAAGGCUCCAGCAAAAGCAGUCAUCAGCCCAUUGGCGUGUAUGGAAACGGGUUUAAGUCGGGUUCGAUGCGCCUGGGCCGUGAUGCUCUGAUCUUCACAAAAAAUGGCGGCUGUCAGAGCGUGGGCAUGUUGUCUCAAAGCUUCUUACAGGCUAUUAAAGCUCAGGCUGUGAUCGUACCCAUUGCCCCGUUCAACCAACAGACCAAGACAUUGGUGGUAACGGAGGAUUCAGAGGCGAGUCUGAGAGCCAUCCUGAAAUAUUCUCUCUUCCAGAGCAUCUCUGAGUUACAAGAGCAGUUGGACUCCAUUCAGGGCAAAAAAGGAACCAAGAUCCUCAUCUGGAACAUCCGCAGAAAUAAAGAUGGAAAGCCAGAGUUUGACUUCGACACAGAUGCAGAGGACAUCCGUCUGCCGGAGAUCAGAUCAGAGGAGACACAUGCAAAAUGGAGGAGAGAUUUUCACAAGCAACGCAGAGACAGUAACGACGUCCCUGAGAUGGAGUUUUCUCUCAGAGCCUAUCUCAGUAUCCUUUACCUGAAGCCCAGGAUUCAGAUCAUUUUGAGACAGAAGAAAGUCCAGACUAAGCUGAUUGCCAAGAGUUUGUCCAUGAUUGAGAACGACGUCUAUAAACCUCAGUUCAUCAAUGAGAGAGUGAAGAUAACUUUUGGAUUCAACCCGAAAAAUAAGGAGCACUAUGGAAUUAUGAUGUACCAUAAAAACAGACUGAUAAAGGCCCAUCAGAAAGUUGGCUGCCAAAUCAAGUUGUCAGGUCAAAGGUCAGGGGUCGGGGUCAUCGGAGUAAUUGAGUGUAACUUCCUCAAGCCUGCUCAUAACAAGCAGGAUUUUGAGUACACCAAAGAGUACAGACUCACGCUAGCUGCUCUUGGUCUCAAACUGAAUGACUACUGGCGUGAAAAGAAGGAAAAGAAAGCGAAAGAAAGAGCAUUUCAAGCCUUAGAGAGGAAAAGCAAAGAUGGCGAUACUGAGGAAACGGAGGAAGAGGAUGAUGAAGAGGAGGAAGAGGAGGAGGAAGAAGAAGAAGUGGACGUGACGUGGAUUCAGUGUGAAGACUGUUUGAAAUGGAGAGGAAUCAACACUCUCCUGUUUGCUGGAAGCGUUCCCGAUCCGUUCAGAUGCUGCAUGCACCCGAUACCACGCUUACAGAGUUGCUUGUUACCAGAGGAUACGGAUGAAAAUGCUGAAGUUAAAACAUCCAGCUAUGAAAAAACACUCAAAAAACAGGAACACGCCACAAUCAAGAGAAGAGGAAGAUCUCUUGAGAUGAGUAAAAGCCCAGUGCGUCCUCUCUGUCGAGGACUAUCUGAACCAGCAUCAGAGAGCAAGCAGGAUGAGGUCACCGUUAUAAUGACGACAGAUACACAGGAUGCAGGUGAGGAUGGAGUCAGAGUCGCUGUCACAGAAGAGGAAGAGUCUUCACCCUCCCCAAGAAAAAGAAGGAAAGAAACAUGCUCAGAUAUUGAAAAGGGUACUGAGUCCCCAAACCAUGCUGAAGCUCCAGAUCUCCCAUCUGAGGGAGAAACAGAAACAGUGGACAACAUGCAUGAAGGAUCGGAGACAAACACCAGCACAUCACCAGCAGCAGAUCCGGUGACUCAGGAGGACAGUAUUCAGCCUGAGGCCACGUUACCUGAAGGCUCUUUCGAGCCCCAGACGUCUCAGGGGCCACAGAUGGCCAAAGAUCAGCCAAGGAUUCCCCCUCACCCUCUCACACCACACGCCUCCACAACCAUGGCUCAGACAGUGGUCGUCACUCCUCUCAGCCGGCCGGGAUUUCAGCCUGUGUCCCCAUUGUUGGCAGACGGGUCGGACCGGGCGGCUCUUGCUCAGAGACUGGCUCAGCUGGAGCGGGAAGCCAAGAGGCUAAAAAGAAUUCUGGGCAUCCGUGAGCUGGAGGUUGCCAUGGUAACAGAGGCAGAAGGGGGCGGGCCUUCUGAGGUCACCAUGGUUGAUUCGGUGUCAUGUGAGCAAAAUGCGGAAAGAUUGAACCCAAUGUCAAUUGAAUCAAGGAGGGAGGAGCUUUCUGAUUGUCAGAAAUCAGAGGAACAGGCAAACCGGCCACCAUCCAGUUCAUCCCCCAUCCAGCAGGAGGCAAAAACAUGUCCGAAAGACGAGCUGUACUGGAGUAAGACAUUAGCCAAACUCCAGAGUGAGAACCAGACGCUGCUAACUGAUAUGAACGAGCUGAGAACGGAGAGAGACCAACUGCUGAACCAAGUGAGACAGACAGAGAGAGACAAUCAAGACAGGAGAGACCAGAGCACCAACACACCCAGCCUCACUUACAACAGCAGUGUGACAUUGGAGAGGUUGCGAUCUAUCCGUCAGAAUGUGGUUGCAUUGUUGUCUUCCAUCCUACCGAGCCUGGAUAUGCAGGGAAUCAGCUACGACACGACUGAUGUAGACAGCAUCCUACAGCAGAUCAUACAGGCCAACAACCUGUGAUCCUUCAGCCGCAUUACAGAGCAAUGGCUGCCUUAUCACACACAAGCAUUUGGUAUCAACAUACAUGUAUAUAUAACAAAAUUCAUCUGAAACCAUACAGAAGGCAGAAGUUUGAAGGACAUAUUUAAGACUGCAAAAUUGGUGAAUGGAAAUAACAGCAUUAAAAAGGUCUCUUUUUUUUCAUAAACAUACGUUUUAUUGCAGGUUAAAGCUACUAUAAAUUUCACACACAAACACAUUCAAAUAAUUUAUAUUUUACAUUUAUAUAAAUCGCAUGCAUUGAUCGGACCAAAAUGCCUCCUGUCUCUCCAGUGCUGCAAGUCCACAAUCGUGUCACAAACAUCUGAGGUUUCACACAGACACUUCAUUGCUUUCAUUUCAGUUGCAUUGCUCGUAAAUAUACGCAUCUGCAGGUUUUUAAAGGAAUAGUGCACCCCAAAAUGUAAAAUUACCUAAAAUGUAAUGUACCCUCUGGAAAUGCUAGAUAUAGAGGAGUUUGUUUGUUCAUAGGAACAGACUUGGAGAAAUUUUGCAGUACAUCAGUUGCUCACCAAAUGAUCCUCUGCAGUGAAUGGGUGUCGUCAGAUGAGAGUCCAAACAGCUGAUAAAAACAUCACAAUAAUCCACACCACUCCAGUCCAUCAAUUAACAUCUUGUGAAGUAAAACUGUGUGUUUGUAAAACAUUCAAUUCAAUUCAAUCAGUUAUUGAGGCAGUUUAACUGGCUUCCGGCCAAAACACAAGUCCAUAAUUUUGCUUCCUCCACUGAAAAAGUCCAUCGCCUGUUGUCCCCGCACAUCAAAAUCCACCCACAUAUUUAUUUAGAUCCUGAUCUGUGCAUAUUUCUCACCUGAUUGAGACGAGACAACUUUUUCACUGGACAAAGCAUGUUAUGGAUAGAGGACUUAACGUUCAUGUAAAUCACUUGUGCAUUAUUGUGAUGUUUUAUCAGCUGUUUGGACUCUCUUUCUGAAGGCACCCAUUCACUGCAGAGGAUCCAUUGGUGAGCAACUGAUGUUAAGCUACAUUUCUCCAAAUCUGUUCCAUAAACACAUAAACUUGUGCCUUUUGGAUGGCCUGGAGAUUAGUAAAUGUAAAUUUUUGGUUGAACUGUUCCUUUAAGAGAGUUUAAUACAAACAUUUUUAGUAUUAUUAUCUUUCUAUAAUUAUUAAUUUUCUAUAAUCUUUUUAAAGUGACUUUCAAUCCAUAAAUUUAACCACUGAUGAUUAAACUUAACAGGUCUAACUUUGCAAACGGAUAGUAAUGCAACAUUUCACAGAGUCAUUGUCCUGCUAUACAGUCAUUUUCAUUACAGAAUAAAAGUCAUCAGUGCUUUAUUUUGGAAUUUGUUUUUUUGGCACAUUUCUUUCAGUCAUGACUGUGGGUACAAGGUAAAUGAAAAGACUAAAAACGCUCAGAUUUUCCAUAACUUUAUUUUUAUUACAUAAUAUUACACAAUACUGCUUUCAUGACAAUAAGUAAUUGGAAGAAACUUACAGAAAUUGGAACUCUCCAACAAGAGAAUAGCAAGUAAAGAUUCACUCCUUUUGCAAAAUGCAGGAUGAAAGUGGAAACAGUGUUAGUUUGUGCAUUGAGUAACAGUUAAUUAGAAACACAGUGAGGUGAAGUCAGUAAAUUCACAGGUCAUGUGGCAGGAGCAGGCGAUUCAUUCACAUUCAGAUUCAAAUGACAAAAGUGCGUUUCAUAGGGCAGAUGAACUGAUGCUUUAAAUCAAUGUGACCAAUUUUUUAAACAUUUUUUAUAUUUUAAUGCAUCAGUGAUUUACUGCAUCAGUGAUUCUCAUUUGUACUGGUUCAAAUGUCUUCCUAAUUCUGCCAUAUUAAAAUCAUGUAUUAAAGCUCUUUAAACAUCUGAUAAUUAAUACUGAAGUCUUUCAGGAUUUUUUUUAAGCCUGAACAGGCUUAAUUUAAAGCUAAUUUGCCUAAUACAAAAGCAACUGUUAAAAAAAUCACAAAUACAGCACAGAAACCAAUUACAGGUGACGGUAUAAAACAAAAGCAGAUUGAAACAUGACUGAAAACAAACCAGAACGAUCAUUGCACGAUUUGACGAUAAAACUUCUGAUAUAAUAAUGUGAUAUGCAACUAUUUACAGGUUAUGAAGCUCAACUACAUCUGAUUAAAUAUAAGUGUCCAGACUCAUUCAGUCAAGUGAUUAAAGAUCAGGAUGAAUAGGCCAAGCCUGUGCUUAAACAACAGGUUCUAGUUUCAUCUCAAUGUACAUGCUUUAGAAUAAGUUUUUUUUUGUUUGUUUGUUUUUUUCAUGUUCUAGAACAUCAUGUUAUGGCUGAGAGUUUUGAGAA